GUUUGGUUCGGUGGAAAGCCAUGCGCGUCCCUACUAAGUCACUACUAGCGGGUUUGUGGCCGUACAAGGCGAUCGAUAUCGGCGUGAAACCAGGCUGUGCGUGGCAUGAAAUGAAUCUCAAACCCUGGCUUGUGUACGGAUCAUGUUGUUCCAUUCCUCCGCUUUGAUCUCUGCGUACUAUAUACAUAUGACCUUGUCCCGCGAUAAUUUGUUCUCGCUCGCAUCCCGAUCGUUCUUCCCGGCGCCCUCCCAGCUUCCACACUAUUCUCGGCAGAUUCCAUAUUUAUAACGUUCUUCAUGGCGCUGAGGGGGCUGAACGUCGUCGAGUUUGCUGGUCUUGCACCUGGACCAUUCGCUGGACUUGUGCUCGCGCAUCAUGGUGCAUCCGUGAUUCGUAUCGACAGACCGUCUUUGCCUAAUAGCGAUGUUCUUUGCGCUGGGAAACGUUCCAUUGUCUUGGAUCUCAAGAGCCCAGCUGGCUUAGCUGUGGCAAGACGGCUCAUCGCACGUGCUGACGUGCUUAUCGACCCAUUCAGGCCUGGAGUGAUGGAAAAAAUGGGUCUCGGGCCGGAGGUCUUCCACAAUGGUGAGGGCACUAUAGGUGUUAAUGAUAGGCUCAUCUAUGCGCGGGUUGCAGGUUUCCCUGCUGAUGGCGCAUACAAGUCUAUGGCCGGCCACGAGAUAAAUUACCUCGCUUUAAGCGGAGUUCUUUCCAUACUGCCAGGGACCCAAGAUAAACCUACCUUUCCCCUAAACCUCCUGGCUGAUUUCGCAGGUGGUGGUCUCAUGUGCGCGACAGGUAUCUUGUUGGCCCUAGUUGAGCGUUGUAAAAGCGGCCGAGGACAAGUCGUGGACGUUAAUAUGGUCUCGGGUACACGUUAUGUUUCAUCAUUCCCAUUAUUGCAUGCCACGAGCACGUCAUCCUUACUCGGCGGCCCGCGCGGCACGAAUCUCCUUGAUGGGGGUGCGCCGUUUUAUGACGUCUACACGUGUUCGGAUGGUAAAUGGAUGAGCGUGGGAUGUCUGGAGCCCCAGUUUUUCAUAACCUUCAUCGAUAUAUUCAAGAAUGCUUUAUGCAUGAACGGCUUGAAACCUAGCUGGGUCCCUACCCCAGAGUCGCGAACUCGUAGGGAGGACUGGCCGAAGCUGCGCGCCUACCUGGAGAACGGAUUCGAUAUCAAACCACGAGACUAUUGGGCUAGCCUUUUUCAUGGUUCGGAUGCAUGUGUUGCACCUGUGCUCACUCCCGAGGAGGCCGCACUUCUUGAUCCUUCGAGAUCAGUCCGUCCGUCUCCACACCCACACCUCAGCAGGACGCCACCGCUGUCUCGUUCCGUGGCGAAAUCUGGCAUGGUCCUCGAGCCAGGUUUCCACACGCAAGAAGUUCUCAUGGAAAUUGGUUUGUCGAGAGGGGAGAUAACAGAACUCAUGUCAGACGGUGCGUUCGGCGACGAAGCCAAGCAUGAAGUUAUAUCCAGCUGCAAGCUCUGAGGAUGUAGAUGUAUGUAAAUAACUAUCACGACGAAACCCCAAAGCAUCCGUGGGAUAAUGUAAAUUAAGUCCUUAUCGUCUAAGCUCCAUUAUCAACCAAUCCGAAU